CCAGAACAGCCUCUGCUCUGCUACUGCAGGAUGUGAGUCAGGCCAGCAGCAUGGCAGCCGAGCGGGUUGCCGUGGCAGCGCUCAUGGAGGUGAUGGAGGUGGGCGGCACCGCAGAGCCCGAUGUCCUGGAUGUGGAUCAGGGACUGACUCUGGCCUGUAUUGGUUUUCUCUGCCUGCUGCUGGUCGCCAUGAUCAUCCGUUGUGCCAAAGUCAUUGUGGACCCCUACAGUGCCAUCCCCACCUCCACCUGGGAGGAGCAGCACCUGGACGACUGACCACACCCAGACCUGGGAGGAGCAGCACCUGCAUGACUAA